UCCAUAGUAACGAAUUGUGUAUUCAUCAAUUGUUAUUCGAUUCGACAAUCUUUCACGAACGAAACAUUGAAAUAAUUCUCCUCAGAAAACUCUGCAAAACGUACAGCAUAAUGCAAACCUCCGCUUUUCUGGUUGCUUUCGGCUUCAUCGCUUCGUUAUGGCUAGGAGCGUACUCAAGACCUAUGGAGCCGGAGGAAACUCCAGCAGUACCUCUCAAAGAAAUGACCGCAGCACCUCGUAAAGAAAUGACUGCAGCACCUCGUAAAGAAAUGACCGCAGUAUCUCGUAAAGACAUGACCGCAGUUUCUCCUAAAGAAAUGACCGCAAAACCAAAACCUUCCGGCCCGUUUCAUGAACUUCUAGAGCUUUUACCAUUGAAAGAGAUUGAUGAAAUCGUGCAUGUUCAUUUGCAAAAUGAUACCGGUUUCAGAGCGGCCGUAAAGGUGCUGAAGAGUGAUGCUUGGCUAAAACUUAUUGAAAAAGUUGUAGCGACUCCGGAGUUUAAGAACUUUUCCAACGUAGCAGGAAAGUACUUCAACAUUACCCAAGCGAGCUCCUGCAUUAUCGAAUUCAUUAAAUCCCUAAACACUACCGAGCCAUUGGAUAAAAAAGUACCAGCUGAUACUCCUGAGCCUGAGCCUAAUCUUGAAUCGUUCGUGACUGAAAUUCAAAAGAUUUUACCGUUUGGCAAAUUUGCCAAAUUGUUGUCGGCUGACAACCCUGAUUCUGAAUUCAAGAAAAUCCGAGAAGAGCUUGCAACUGAAGAAAAUCGUCAAAUUGCUCUUGCCUUGCACAAUGCUCCAGACAUGGUCGAAUUGCGCAAGAGCCUGAAGAUGAUGCACUUUGAUAUUGAGCCCUAUAUUUCCUUGAUUUAUAGCGUCUUGGAAUGGCAACUGCCCGAAUAAGAAGCUAUUUUUUUAGUUAAUUAUCUUAUAUUAUUAUGUUUAAGUCGUUUAGUUAUGACGAUAUGUUUUCAAUAAAGUUCUAUUUUCGUUAAGUUUGAA